CUUGCUCAUGUAAGUCCAAAUUAAAGAGUAGCGCAGUUAAAGAAAAAAGAUGUUUCUUUCAUUCCAAGACUCAAAAGCAUCCAAAUGGGCCACCAUUAAAUGUGAUUGACUUCUUGUCUCUGAAUCCAUUUUUAAUACUCAGUAAUAGGCGCACAGUUCUCAUAAAUUCAGUUUCCAGGAAACCGAUGGAUCAGGGGAAAAGUUAACUCAGCUUAAUAAUCAACUGCCUUUAUGGUUUGCGCACUCCACUUCAGAUUAAAAGCAAAUAAAUAAAAGGCACGUCAUUUAAAUCAAUUUUUCUACGUGGCUGCUAAGAAGCUGAAAAAGAUGCAGUUUAUCUUCCAGCUUUGGAAUAUAUUUGGAAAAAGGGGAAAAAAAAUAAGGAAUGGGCAUAUAUCCCUUAGAGGGACAAUAAUUUGCUUUUGUCUCUAAAUUGUGAAAACAAGUGGAGAGAUUUUGCAAUAGUGUUUCCGGUGUUGAUUCCGUAAGACGUAAACAAGCGUAAAACUCACGAGCUGCUCCUUGUACACACACAAAGUUUGGAGCAAAAAAGCCGAUUACACAAGACCUUCAAAGAAUUUCGUAGACAGUUGCGCGGGUCCAGGGCGUAGCGGUUUGAAAUGUGUUUAAAAACCACUUCUGAGAGAUGCGCUCCAAUGUCUCACUGGCGUUUAAUUGCCUGUACUUAAAACUCAGAAGAAAAAUUCAUUAUGGCAGUUCUCCUUUCAACCUAUAACAUCAGCAGUGGUGGCUGAACUGAAGCUCUUGUGUUCCAAGAAGAGAAUGUAUAAAAGGAAUGGCCUCAUGGCCAACGUGACCGUGACCUCCGCCACUCCAGAGGGCAGUAGCAGUUCUGACUCUUUGGAAGGACGGAGUUCAGAUUAUGCUCAUAAAAGCUACGAUGCUGUGGUGUUUGACAUGCUAAAAGUAACUCCAGAGGAGUUUGCGAGUCAGAUUACACUGAUGGAUAUGCCAGUAUUUAAAGCUAUACAGCCAGAGGAACUUGCAAGCUGUGGAUGGAAUAAGAAAGAAAAACACAUCCUUGCCCCUAAUGUUGUUGCCUUUACGAGGAGAUUUAAUCAGGUCAGUUUCUGGGUGGUACGAGAAAUUUUAACAGCACAGACCUUAAAAAUAAGGGCGGAGAUUCUCAGCCACUUUGUCAAAAUAGCAAAGAAACUUCUAGAACUGAACAGCCUCCAUUCUCUCAUGUCUGUGGUAUCAGCUCUGCAAAGUGCACCCAUCUUCAGGUUGACAAAAACUUGGGCACUCUUGAAUCGCAAGGACAAGACCACUUUUGAGAAGCUGGACUAUUUAAUGUCGAAGGAGGACAACUACAAGAGGAUGCGGGAAUACAUCCGAUGCUUGAAGAUGGUGCCUUGCAUUCCUUAUUUAGGGAUUUAUCUGCUGGACUUAAUCUACAUUGAUUCAGCCUACCCAGCUUCCGGCAGCAUUAUGGAGAACGAACAAAGGUCCAAUCAAAUGAACAACAUCCUCCGAAUAAUUGCUGAUUUGCAAGUCUCUUGUAGCUACGAUCACCUUCUAAUGUUACCCCACGUGCAAAAAUACUUGAAGUCCGUCCGGUAUAUUGAAGAGCUCCAGAAAUUUGUGGAAGAUGACAACUACAAAUUGUCCCUAAGAAUUGAGCCAGGAAACAGCUCCCCACGGCUGGUCUCCUCAAAAGAAGACCUGGCAGGUCCAUCCGAAGUGUCAGCAGCUGUGAGGUUCAGCAGGAGGCCCACCUGUCCUGACGCCUCGGUAGCGGCCGGCUUGCACACUCCUCCUGUCCCACGACACAGGAAGAGUCACAGCCUCGGAAACAAUAUGAUGUGUCAGUUCAGUGUAGUAGAAAGUAAAAGCGCCACGUUCCCAACAGAGAAACAGCGGCACCUGCUGGAUGACAGUGUGUUAGAAUCUCACAGCCCUGUCAGGAACCAUCCGCUAAAUUCUGUUUUCACCAAUGGGGUUUCUCUAGAAAGCAGCGAAAGUUCAGAAUUCAGCGAAGAACCGUCAUCGGGACUGGAAAGGGGUCGCUUGUACGCCACGCUGGGGCCCAACUGGCGAGUGCCAAUUCGGAAUUCUCCAAGAAGUCGGAGCUGUGUGUACAGCCCAACAGGUGCCUGCAGCUGCAGAUCGGGGGCUUCGGUGGGGGUUGUGACCAUGGAAGGCCCCCUGAGAAGAAAGACAAUGCUGAAGGAAGGCCGGAAGCCUACGCUCUCUUCCUGGACCAGAUAUUGGAUUACUCUCUCGGGAUCCACUCUGAUCUAUUUCGGAGCCAAGUCCUUGAGGGGGAGCGAGCGGAAGCACUAUAAAUCAACUCCCGGAAAAAAAGUUUCCAUCGUGGGCUGGAUGGUAGCCCUUCCUGAUGAUCCUGAACAUCCAGAUAUUUUUCAGCUAAACAACCCAGAUAAAGGCAAUGUUUACAAGUUCCAGACUGGCUCCAGGUUUCACGCAAUAUUGUGGCACAAGCAUUUGGAUGAUGCCUGCAGAAGCAACAGGCCUCAGGUACCUGCCAACCUUAUGUCCUUUGAGUAACCGGCUCCGGUGUGCGGUAUAACGUCCAGUGCCAAACUGCAAGAUGGGAAGAUGGGUUCCUGUUGAAGCAAGGAGGAAAGAGACUUCAGAGCAAACCAGCUCUCUCCCACAGCGACUUCAGCACUUUUCUACAUAACUUGAAAGUAAUUAUGACACAGCUUCUAGAAACGGAAACACGAAUGUCAUCCUUGGGACAGGAUCUAACUUACUGCACUGAUGAAAGAGAGAGAACUUAGAGAUGCAGCCUGCCCCAUCACAGGAUACUUGGGUCCUUAACUCUAGCCGUGGGGGUCCCAGACAGCUGUGGAUUUUUUGUCCUGCCACAAACUGUAUCUGUCACAUCUCUGCAGAUUUUUUUUCCUUUUUUUUUAACUGCUCUUUUUACAGCCAAGCUGCUUUAUGUGACUCAAGAACUUUUAGCCCAUGUUGGGUUUACAGUUAUUUCUAAUGCACAAAACAACAAACGUUUGACAGUGUUAACUUGCUGCAGAGUGUCAAUUAGAAUAGAACGUUGUGAGACGACAACAUUUUUAUAACCUUAAGUGCACUGAGCUGCUUUGGCUGCCUCAGAUUUUUUUGUAUCAAACGUAGGGACGCCACCAACGUCCUGACUGAAGCUAUUUGGGAAAUGUGUAUUUUGGCACAAGAGAAAGAAAAAAAAACAACAAAUCACCUGUAAUUUUUUCUGUUUGUAUCUCAUGAUUAAUUGUGCUGUAUUUUGUGGUGGAUGUUUUUUUUGUUUUGUUUUGUUUUUUUAUUAAUUGGAGGUACCCCUAGCAACGAAGGGACUAAUUGCUGCUGAAAUGCACGCCAUCUUAAGGCUCCUUCUGGAUGACUUCAUUCCCCAAGUAAAGAUCUGCCUUAAAUUGCGUGGUGUGGGGGCUAAGGGGCUGCUGUUCAUCCAAUAUGUCCCGUAGCCAUGCAAGCUUCUCCUACGUCUCUCCCAGGGCUGGUUUUAGAACUUCCCAAUUCCAGAGAGCAUUUGUUGAGGGAAAAAGUAUUGAUAUGGACUCCAGUUUCUCCUAAAAGGGGGAAGCAUUUCACCAAACACCAGUCCCUUCUAACUCAGCCAGAAAGUCAGUGUUCUUUUAAGCAAGGUAGAAUAGCCAAAAUGUCUUCGUCUCUUGAUUCCCCAACCCGGCCUUUCAAUGAAGCCUUGAGCUGCUUCGUGGCGUCUUGGAUGCAGCUAAACAAGCCAGCUUCUUCAUACAGAUGUGGCUGGCCAGCGGUCAUUUUGGAUGAACAGCCCUCUGCGCUUGAAAAACCUGCCUGCUCUCGGGGGCAUGCUGGCUACCCAUCUGGCUAUAUCUUGGUUGUCUUCUAAGCCAUGUUUACUUUAAAUGUAUGCUCAAUGUCUCCACCGUUAAUGAUUGUAAUGCUUUUUUAAGUGUCAUGCCGUACUGUCUGUCUCCUGUUCCUCGGAGCGAAGGAAGGUAAAGAAAAACUCUUGGAUUUGGACAGGAAAUGGGGAAAAAGGAAAACCACAUCUCAGCCCCCGGUAUUUUCCUUCUCUUAUUCUCAUGAUGAAAUUGUUGGAAAACUGUGCAGCCAGUUGUGGGGUGACAAGUUAGGUAGUUGCUGUAGAAUUUCAGAAUGGGCAAAGAGGUAGGUUUUUUCUGGUUGAUCAUUCCGACGUAGCAUCUGCCAUUCUUGCUUAAAAAUGGCUUUCUCUUACCAGUUGCAUAAUGGCAAUUUAAAAAAACCUGGCUUCCAACGCAAUUAACCCAGCUAGGGAAUUAACUGAGCCAAUUGCAUUAAGACCACCCUCCCCUUUUACAAGAGUGCUAAAUUUCAACAUCUUCCUUUAUUUUUAAAACAACGUGCCGAAAAGACAUGGAAACAUCUCCUGGGAAGCAGUCCAGCCAACCAGAAUCUUUUCUCUAUUAUUAAAAAGAUGACUGGCAACAAAAGGGAAUCCUAAUUUUUAUAACAGAGGGAUGAGACUGUUAGCAAGCUGCUGGAAAGGUGUGGCAAUCGCAUUCAAGAAGAAAAAAGAAUCGGUACCAAAAACGGAAGCUGUUGCUUAGAGGGUAAAACACAGGCCGUUAAAAAUCAGGUUUUUAAUUGCCCAGAAUGAAUUCCUACUUACACCAAGGAGUGGACUAGUGCAAUGAAAUUAACCUUCCCAUCCCUCUUUUAGAAUAAGCACUCUGGUCUGACAUGGUAAUGAACAAUGAAAGUUAAGUGAUUAAUGGCAUCAGAGUCCAAGCCAGAUGAAAUCUUUUAGAAAAGGACGCGAAAGCAGUUCCUGUAUUCAUCCCCAAUCACACAAAGGCUAAGCAAGUUUAUGAAAUUGUAAUUUGAGUUAGUCUGACUUCUGGACAGAGAGUUCAGGAUUUGAUUGUCAAAUGCUUUCAGAACAAAAAUUUGGUUAUUGGUUUACUGGGUGAGAAAGGGGGGGGUAACCCACUCUGAAAAAUGUCUGUUCUCACCAACCUCCCAUCAUUUUAUUUCCUCCCUUCCUGUCAAAAGACUGGAAAUCACCUGGUUUUUUUAUGACUUUGGGAAACGUGUGUUACGGCAUGUCCAAGUAGAGGCGCCUGUCCGUGUGUAACGAAAGAAAUGUGCAGGUGUUUGCAAAGAGAAUGCCCAAAUCUUGAAAGUCCCUCUGCAAAUCUGCAUUUAGAAUGUAGGAGAUUGUUGUCACUUAAAUUUCUUUUCUUUUUUAAGAACAAAAAAUAGAACCAGUAUUGCAAAGGCCUGCCACAGUUUUUUUUUUUUUUUACUUUGGUAGAGCUAUAAGCACUGUAGCCCAAAACCCCGGGAAAAAAUGUAGAGUAAUGAUUUGCGUAAUGAUGGAGCUUCAUUCAGCAAUACAAGUAGCUUUGCUGCAAGUUGGUUUGAAAAGAUGAAAUAAAUGAGUAAUAGAACAGUGUCCUUCUCCUCCUCCUCCUCCUCCUCCUCCUUCCUUCCUUCCUUCCUUCCUUCCUUCCUUCUCCAGGUUUAAAUGGUUAAUUGUCCUAUGAAAAGCAUGAGGAUUCUAUUUAGCUGGUUUUUUUGUUUUUGUUUUAAUUUUUGGUGCAUCUUUGACUGUGAAUUUAAGGGGUGCAUAUCAGUAACUGUUUAAAAUAGGGUCUCCGCCAGAGAAGACCAGAGCCCCACACCCCUUCUGAGGGUGUUACGGACGUUCUCGUACGCCCGGUCCAACAAUGGCAGGGCCAAAGCUCAGUAAAUGAAGUUUUCAACUUUGAAAAUGGCCUUCAGAGCUGGCAUGGAUGAGACGGUUCCAGGGAGCACCACAAGAUGGGAAGGGCAGGUUGUGAGGUCAACUGGAGCUGUGCCGUACAUCCAAUGUAAACACAAAAAGACACUUUGGAGCAUCCCGUUCACAUCGUACCUCCGUGAAGCUCCUUCAACUGGGUUUGUCUUCUUCGCAGUCCAGCGAGGUGAAAUAGCUCCAGACGAAGAUGCCUUUGGUUGAAGGAGCACAGAACGGUGUACAUGUGAACAUGUCCAUGCUCCAAAGAAGGUUUUUUGCCUUUGAAGCCUUGCCCUGUCCAUCCCAGAGUAGGUCGCUCUGUGGAACUGACCACCGUUUAACCAUUAUUUUCUUUUUUUAAUUUUGCAAAUAUGGUCCCCGUCGAUUUCCACAAUGACAAUUUGUGUAGCUGUAUCGAGGCAACGUUAUUUAUUCUUAAAUUUAUUCGCUUGUGUAAACUUAGUGCCAAAAUGCAUGGUGGAUUGGUUUUUGCUUUUGUUUUUUUUCCACGUAGCACUCGAUGGAAGCAGAAACAAUAGUAUCUGAUCUUCAGCCGUUUUCAUCUUUGUGGUUUAAACCCAUUUCUAGACUUUGCUUUUGUUUAGUUUUCUCUUUGGUGAGACCCGUUGCACAAUUUUAAUUUUUUCACCUCCCUUUUUAGCCAUAUUUCCAGUGGUCCACUGCAUGGCGUUUUAUUGUACAGGCCUCUCAUCUCUCACUCCUUGUGAAUUGUCCCCCUUCCAGAUGAACUACUGAAGUUUUCACCCUCCUGUGGAAGUCUUUUUUAAGUUCUGUUUAUUUUUUUUUUCUUAUUUGGCAAAGUAUUUUGUUACCUCAGUCUUCUAUCGAGUUGCUGUAUUUUUCAGCUUGUUACAUUGAUGACAAUAACUGUUUCACUAAUUAAAACAAAAACUUUAAUGUACAAAAUAAAAAGGCAACUUUUUUUGUCUCUU